AUGUCAACCUCCAAAACACUUAAUCAUAAUAAGCCAUGUGGUACAUCUCAAACUCAAAAGGGUUUUGCUCUAGUCCACCAAAAUACAACCACCACAACCGGCGAGAGAAGAGGCCGGAGAUCAAAGCAAGCAGAGCCAGGGAGAUUCUUAGGAGUCAGGAGACGUCCAUGGGGUCGUUACGCAGCUGAGAUUAGAGAUCCAACUACUAAAGAACGUCACUGGCUCGGAACUUUCGACACUGCUCAUGAAGCUGCUCUUGCCUACGACAGAGCAGCUCUCUCGAUGAGAGGCACUCAAGGUCGAACUAACUUUGUUUACACUCCAAGUGAUGUUCACACUAUCCUCACAAACCCUAAUCUCCACUCUCUCAUCGUCUCUCCUUACAAUAACCAAUCUUUUUCACCAAACUCUUCUCCUCAGUUUGUCAUUGAUCACCAUCCUCAUUAUCAAAACUAUCAUCAACCUAAACAUACUCUCCCCCAAACCGUCUCACCUGUCGCUUCUUUCAAAACGCCUGUUCGUCAUCAAAACGCUGAUACUCAAACGUUUGGUAAUAGUCCUCAAAACUCGUCUUCUAACGGCUCGCUAUCUUCUUCACUAGAUGAAGAAAACAACUUCUUCUCGUUAGAAGGAACUAACUCGGGUUACUUGGACUGCAUUGUCCCACAACACUGCCUUAAACCACCUCCGGAAACCACCACCACCCAAAACCAAACCGGAGCAGGUUUCACAACUCCGGCAAGCAAGGCCUCUGAGCCAUACGGAGGGUUCAGUAGUAGUAGCUACUUCGAUGAUGGUGAUAUGCUGAUGAUGAAUCAUCAUGGGUUUGGUUCGUGUGAUCUUUCUGCCAUGUUCACUAACUAUGGUACUGCUGCUUCAAUGUCAAUGGAAGAUUACUCGAUAAUGGAGCCGCAAGAUUUCUCUUCUUCUUCUUCUAUUGCUGCUUUUGGAGAUGUUGUUGCAGACACUACAGGCUUCUACUCACUCUAUUAG